AUGCAUUUCAACAAGGCCAUCACGGUGGUCGGCUCCCUAGCCCUUGCAUCCAUCGUCACCGCCGCCCCGGUCGAGAAACGCGGCUCAGUCUUCUACGGAGACAGGACGCAUCACCUCAAAGAGUACCAGGCGAACCAAGGCAACCCAGCUCCUUCGUCAACUGGUGCUCCUCCUUCCCCGUCGAGCCCAGCUUCGAGCCAAGGUUCAAACCCGUUCAAGUUCCCUCUUUCGAAUGGCUUCCCAAACAUCCAGAACCCCUCUGCAGCCUUGACGCAAAUUGAGCAACAAGCUCACGGUCUUCUGCCCAACGGACCUCCCCCACCAUCUCCUCCUGCUGCCGACGAUCUCACGUCUCUGAGACUGAUUGCUUUCAACGAACUCUUCGAAGUGGCCUACUUCACCGAGCUUCUCGCCAACGUCACCAACAACGUUGCCGGCUACCAAUUCCAGGACGCGAACCUUCAAGCGACCAUCGUCGAGGCCCUCACUGCCGUCGUCGCACAAGAAGAGCUUCACUUGCUCAACGCUAACGGCGCUCUUGCUCACUUCAACGCCGGCCCGAUCCAGCCUUGCUUGUACAAUGCGCCGGUGGACAACUUCCAAGACGCCAUCGCUCUCGCAUCCACCUUCACCGACGUGGUCCUGGGAACCUUGGGCGAUGUCCAGGUCCACUUUGGCCAGAACGGAGACGCCGGCCUGAUUCGCGGUGUCGCGGCCGUGAUCGGCCAGGAAGGCGAGCAGAAUGGUUUCUACCGUCAAAUCCUCGGCGAGAUCCCCAGCGCGGCGCCCUUCCUUACCGCCUCGGCGCGAGAAUUUGCCUUUACCGCCCUACAGAACUUUGUCGUCCCAGGGUCUUGCCCCAACGCCAACACCAUCGCCCUUCCGAUCUUUGGUGCCCUGACUCUCGAGACUCCCAAGGUCCAGGCCCAAGACCAGCAGCUGCAAUUCUCCUUCCAGGCAACCGGCCAGUACAGCCAGUAUGCCAGCGGCCAGGGGUUGAGCCUGGUGUACAUCAACCAGCAGAACGUGCCUGUUGUCCUGCCCAUCCAAGGAGCCCAGAACAACGGCGGCACGGUGACAUUCUCGGCGAACUUCCCCUUCUCGGAGAACCUGAUGUUCGGUCUGACGAUCGCGGCUGUCACUUCUAAUGCCGGUCCGUUCGCCGACGUCGAUGCUGUGGCCAAGGCUACCUUGUUCGGGCCUGCUUUGAUUGAAGUCCAGUAA